UGGUCCUUGGAGUCCUCAGCCCUUGGUGUGGAUCUAUAGGCCCGAGGGGCGGACAGGCUGUCAUGGCGACUGGAGGAGACCCAGAAGAGGAGCAGGUGGUUCCAAGUGAGGAGGACGCCGCCGCCGACGUGAGGGCAGCGCAGGCCCGAUACCUCCGGAGCCCCUCCCCCGGCCAGUACUCGAUGGUCUCAGAUGCAGAGACCGAAAGCAUCUUCAUGGAGCCCAUUCACCUCUCCUCGGCUGUUGCUGCCAAACAGAUCAUCAAUGAAGAACUUAAGCCUCGAGGUCUCAGGACAGACACCGUGUGUCCAGGCAUGCUGGAGUCAGCCGAGCAGCUGCUGGUCGAGGACCUGUACAACCGUGUCAAGGAAAAGAUGGAUGAUACCAGCCUGUACAACACCCCCUGUGUGAUGGACCUACAGAGGGCUCUGGUCCAGGACCGCCAAGAGGCGCCCCGGAAUGAGGUGGAUGAAGUCUGGCCCAAUGUCUUCAUAGCUGAGAAGAGUGUGGCUGUGAACAAGGGGCGGCUUAAGAGGCUGGGCAUCACCCACAUCCUGAAUGCUGCACAUGGCACUGGGGUCUACACUGGCCCUGAAUUCUACACUGGUCUGGAGAUCCAGUACCUGGGUGUGGAGGUGGAUGACUUCCCCGAGGUGGACAUCUCCCAACAUUUCCGGAAAGCUGCAGAGUUCCUUGAUGAAGCGCUGCUGACCUACAGAGGGAAGGUCCUGGUCAGCAGUGAAAUGGGUAUCAGCAGGUCCGCAGUGCUGGUGGUCGCCUACCUCAUGAUCUUCCACAGCAUGGCCAUCCUGGAGGCCUUGAUGACCGUGCGCAAGAAGCGGGCUAUCUACCCCAAUGAUGGCUUUCUGAAACAGCUGCGGGAGCUCAACGAGAAGUUGAUGGAGGAGAGGGAAGAGGAGUAUGGCCAGGAGUCGGAGGAGGAUGCUGGGAGCAUGCUGGGUGCUCGAGUGCAUUCCCUGUUGGUGGAGGAAGAGGAUGACGUCACCAGUCACCUGAGUGGUUCCUCCUUAGGGAAGGCCAGCCAGGCCUCCAAGCCUGUCACCCUCAUUGAUGAAGAGGAGGAAAAGAAGCUGUAUGAGGAGUGGAGGAAGGGGCAGGGUCUCCCCAAGGGCAACGCUGCUCCUGGUGGAGAGGGCAGGCGGUCCACCCCCUCGGCCCACGAUGGGGAGGGCUGUGAAGAUGAGGAUGUGGAGAGGAUCAUCCGGGAGUGGCAGAGUCGAAAUGAGAGAUACCAGGCUGAAGGGCACCAGCAGUGGAGACGGGAGGAGGAGGAGGAGGAGGAGGAGAGCGACACAGGCUCGUCUGCGGGCAGAAGGCGCAGGCACACCCUGAGCGAGAGCAGCACCGCGGCGAGCGUGCGCAGUCUUGACAUCCGGGUCCUGAGGCAGCAGCUAGAGAGGAGCCGCAGCAGGCGGCACCGCUCGGACUCGGAGUCCAGCGGGAGCACGUGGGACAUGUGGAAUGAGAGGCUGCUGGAGAUCGAGAAGGAGGCUGCCCGCGAGUACCGCGCCAGGAGCAAGAGGGAGGGGGCGGACACAGGCUCCGAGGCCGGGGGCAGGGCACGAGAGGACGACGCCGAGAGCGUGUCCUCUGAGGCCAGCUCCUUCUACAACUUCUGCAGCAGGAACAAGGACAAGCUCACUCCCCUGGAGAGGUGGAAGGUCAAGAGAAUCCAAUUUGGAUUUCAUAAGAAAGACUCGGCGGUGGGAGAUGGAAGCAGUGAGCACGGCACGGAAGAGGAGGCAGGGGAGAAGCAGCUCUCUGAUGUCAACCUGACGGCCUAUCAGGCCUGGAAGCUGAAACAUCAGAAGAAGGUGGGCAGUGAGAACAAGGAGGAGGUGAUGGAGCUGAGCAAGGGAGAGGACACAGUCUUGGCCAAGAAGAGGCAACGGAGGCUGGAGUUGCUGGAAAGAAGCAGGCAGACCCUGGAGGAAAGCCAGUCCAUGGGAAGCUGGGAGGCCGACAGCUCGGCUGCCAGCAGGAACAUCCCCCUUUCUGCGUUCUGGUCUGCAGCGCCCUCGCUCAGUGCAGAUGGGGACACGGCAUCAGUACUCAGCGCCCAGAGCCAGGACUCGCGCCUGUCUCAGCCUGCAAGCAUCAACCCCACAAUACCCCUGCCUAACCUGCCAGUGGGGCCUGGAGACACCAUUUCCAUUGCCAGUAUCCAGAACUGGAUUGCCAACGUAGUCAGUGAAACCCUUGCUCAGAAACAAAACGAAAUGCUGCUGUUGUCGCGGCCACCAUCCGUUGCAAGCAUGAAGGCAGCGCCGGCAGCCAGCUGCCCCGGGGAAGACCAGGUCUCCGUGCUCGGCGGACAGAGCAGCACCUGCCUGGGCGGCUGCUCGCUGUCUCCGGGCCAGGCGAGACCCAGCUUGGACAGGCAGUCUGUGCUGUCCUGCGACACCUCACUGAGCUCAAGGGUGGGGAGCAGUGUGAGGGGGACCAGCAAGCCCACCUACAGCCUCUUUGCUGACAAUGUGGACCUAAAGGAGCUUGGCCGGAAGGAGAAGGAGAUGCAAAUGGAGUUGAGGGAGAAGAUGUCCGAGUACAAAAUGGAGAAACUGGCCUCUGACAACAAACGCAGCACUCUUUUCAAGAAGAAAAAGGUCAAGGAUGAUGAGGACGACGAGGAUGAUGGCGCGGGGGUUAGGGAUGAGGACACAGACAGUGCCAUAGGGAGCUUCCGCUAUUCCUCCCGCAGUAAUUCUCAAAAGCCUGAGACAGACACCUCCUCCUCCUCCCUGGCCGUCUCUGAUCACUAUAGAAAUGGCAGCAGAGCCGGCAAAGAGAUGGAUAGCAGCAUUAACAAGUGGCUCAGUGGCCUCAGGACAGAGGAGAGAUCUCCUCAAAGCGAUUGGUCUGGGAGCUCCAGGGGGAAGUACACAAGGUCUUCCCUCCUCCGGGAAACAGAGACCAAGUCCUCCAGUUACAAGUUCUCCAAGUCCCAGUCCGAGGAGCAGGACACCUCCUUCCACGAGGCAGAUGGCAACUCGGUGCGAAGCACUUCGCGGUUCUCUUCUUCCUCCACCAAAGAGGGCCGAGAGAUGCAUAAGUUCUCCAGGUCCACAUUCAGCGAGACCUCGAGCUCCCGAGAGCAGAGCCCAGAGCCGUACUUCUUCCGCCGCACCCCGGAGCCCUCGGAAGGGGAAGAGUCCCCGGAACCACGGCGCCCAAACUGGGCCAGGCCCGGGGACUGGGAAGAUGUGGAAGAGUCAUCCAAGUCAGACUUCUCUGAGUUUGGAGCCAAGAGGAAAUUCACUCAGAGCUUCACGAGGUCUGAAGAGGAGGGGGAGAAAGAGAGGACGGAAAACACAGAAGAAGGCAGGUUCGCGUCGGGGCGGCAGUCUCGGUACCGAAGAAGCAGUGACAGGGAAGAGGAGAAAGAGAUGGAUGAUGAAGCCAUCAUUGCUGCGUGGAGACGCAGGCAAGAAGAAACCAGGACUAAGCUGCAGAGGAGGAGGGAGGACUGAGCCGGAGGGACAGGACACACAUGAAGCCCAUCAGAUUAACAUGGGGCUUGAGGGACACGUCUUCUACAGAGAUGAGUAGGAAGAGAGGAUCUUAGAGAGGAGCAGAGCUGCUAGUAUCUGGGCAGAAAGGGACUUCGAGGUCCAGUAUGGAGAAGAGCCAUCCAUGUGAGGUCCAAAUGCUAAACCAACUGGUACUAUACUAUUUUUGUUGCCCAAGGACCUCUAACCUACGCUCUCCCCCGCUGUAUCUGAUAGGACCCAUCCCAGACUGGAAAGGUGAGCCUGAAAAGGCUGUGGAGCUCCCUGAAGACUCCAGAUUACAUCCAGGAAGACUGUACACGCAGGACAUGGUUCUGUAUGUACAGGCUUUGUAAUGAGACCCAGGAAAGCUAUUGUGUAGCAAUUCUGACCUCUUCUAGCAAUGCUCAGCUGUGGUUUGCUUCUUUUUAAGGUUU